AUGAAAUGGUUGAAAGAUGCUCGGGAAGGAAUUGUUGUUGCUGGUGGAAAUGGUCAAGGACAUAAUCUUAAUCAAUUAUCUUAUCCUACGUCAUUAAUUGCUAAUGAUUUCGGUCAAAUUUAUGUGGCAGAUUUUGAAAAUGAUCGAAUAAUGCGUUGGAGUGAAGAAAACAAAGCCCGUACAAGACGUGUUGAUGAGUCUGAUCUAGUUUAUACAAAGUCUCCAAAGAAAAUACAAAAAAUACCUUUGACAAGUGAUAUAAUUGUUGGUGAAAAUGGUAGAGAAAAUGAAUUAUAUCAAUUGGAUGGUCCUAAUGGUUUAUCUUUUGAUUGUGAAGGAAAUCUUUAUGUUACUGACUGA